UUUCUGGACAAUAAAGAAAUCAACAAUCGGUUUAGUACAAAGGGAAAGACUUUCUAAAAGGAUUGUUGUGAAGUUUGUUUCAGAGUCGACAGCAGAACUUUGGUGAUUCUGAUGAUUAUUCAUUAUUGAAAGCAACAUUCAGAGAUUGAAAGUAAAGUUCAGAUCGUUGGAGCUUUUAUAAGCAGUGAAAAUGGAUUCACUCUCUGUGGAAGAAUUUUCUUGUCCCGUGUGCUUUGAAAUCUACAAGAAUCCUGUUGUUCUGUCGUGUAGUCACAGUGUGUGUAAAGAGUGUCUCCAACAGUUCUGGAAAACCAAGAGAACUCAGGAGUGUCCCGUCUGCAGGAGCAGAUUUUUAAGAGAAAAACCUCCUUGUAAUCUGGCAUUGAAGAACUUAUGUGAGAUGUUUGUGAAGGAGAGAAAUGAGAAGGAGAGAAAUGAGGAGGAGAUCUGCAGUUUACACAGAGAGAAACUCAAACUCUUCUGUCUGGACGAUAAACAGCCGGUGUGUUUAGUGUGCAGAGAUUCAGAGAAACACGUCAAUCAUAAAUUCAAACCCAUCAGUGAAGUUAUUUCAUCUUACAAGGAGAAACUCAAUACAGCACUGAAGUCUUUAAAAAAGAAACUCAGACGCACAGAAAAGAAAAAAGGAGAGUGUGAUAAAUCAGUUGGACACAUCAAGACUCAAGCUGAGCACACAGAGCGUCAGAUUAAAGAGCAGUUUAAGAAGCUUCAUGAGUUUCUCCGACAUGAAGAAGAAGCUACAAUCACUGAACUGAGAGAGGAAGAGGAGCAGAAGAGUCAGAUGAUGAAGAAGAAGCUUGAGGAGAUGAACACACACAUCUCAGCUCUUUCACACACAAUCAAAGACAUGGAGGAAAUGAUGAAAGCCAAUGACGAUGUCUCAUUUCUAAAGAACUUUAAUGUGACAAUGGAAAGAGUCCAGAUCUCACAGCCGGAUCCACAGAUGACUUCUGGAGCUUUCAUUCAUGUGCCACAUUACUUGGGCAACCUGACAUUCAGAGUCUGGAAGAAGAUGCAAGACAUUGUCCACAAGACUCCUGUGAUUCUGGAUCCAAACACUGCAAAUCCAAAUCUGAUCCUGUCUGAUGAUCUGACCAGUGUGAGAUUCAGCGAGAACAAACAAAUAUUACCUGAUAAUCCAGAGAGAUUUGAGUAUUAUCUGUGUGUUUUGGGUUCAGAGGGGUUUAACUCAGGAACACACUGCUGGGAUGUGGAGAUUAAUGACAGUAAACGCUGGACUCUUGGAGUAACUACAGCAUCAAACAAGAGGAAGGGAGGAGUUUUCUUUAAAACUGAUGUCUGGAGUGUGAGGUACAGUAAUAUUGGAUACUUCUCAUGGUUUCCCUCCACUGUGUUUAAUGUCACACAGAAUCUUGAACGUGUGAGAGUUCAUCUGGAUUAUGACGGAGGAAAAGUGUCAUUCUCUGAUCCUGUAACUAACACACAUCUACACACAUUCACACACACAUUUACACACACACUCUUGCCAUUCUUCAGGAGUUAUGAUGUCACUCCUCUGAGGAUUUUACCAGUUAAAUUCACAGUAAUAUCUGAUCCUGCUCACUGAACAUCUCACAAGUAUUUAGUCAUUGAUGCAAUCUUAGAACAUUUGGAUUUCCAAAGGUUAAAUAUGUCAAU